AUGUCGGGCCUUGACUGGUGCAACUCGGAUCCCCCAGUGCCUGCUUUGCCAACGCUGUUCCUGGUCAAGGCCCCCGCAACAAGCGACCAAACUCUCCGCGCCGAUCUUGUCUUCCGCUCGCAUCAUGACAUCAUCGAUGGCAUGGGCACCUUGCUUCUUUUCGAUAAACUUUUUGCUGCAGCUGCGGAGGAGUAUGAGCAGCCUGGCAGUGCAUUACCUGAAUUUGGAGAUGAGUGGACGAAUCUCAGCCCGCCCUUACGUGUGGCAGCCGAUAUACCAGCCGCCUUGACCCCUGAGCGCGAAGAGCACAUGCUUGAAAUUCUUGCGCACAACUCCCAGUUAAAAAAGAGCAUUGAAAUAGCCAGCAUACCAUUCCAACAGCACAUUGCGCUUCCCGGAAAACACCAACGUGUUGCGAUUACAGUCCCCGCAAAUACAACGGCGAAGCUAUUGGAAAAAUGUCGGAGUCUCGGGCUGAGCGUUACACAUGCAUACCAUGCGGCAAUUGCACUAGCAGUUGGAGAUCUCCAGGACCGAAAAAAAACAGAGCGAACAGUGCGAUAUAUCAACUACUCCUUGAUCAACGAGCGCCAUCAUUGCAAGGCCCCCUACAGCACAUCGGCUCACCCAGCCUCGGUGUACCACUCUGUCUCUGGAAAGUCCCUCGCUAUCGACCUCACUGUCCCUGCUCUGGGAGCUCCCAAGAAAACUGUGAUUGGCCAGCAGACAUUCCUUCGCGUUGCUAAGCAUGUUCGUGACUACUACAUCGAUAUCCGUGACAAUCAAGAGCACAUUAAACUUGUCCAAGCCUACUGGGCAAUGGGCACAUUGCCUUACCCGGAUAGUGAGCCUCCCGUAAUUCUGCCGCGCAAUGAGACACCGUCAGCUUCCAUUUCAAGUAUAGGUGUGCUCGACAAGGUCAUACAGCACAACUAUGGACGUUUCAGUGUCGACCAUCCCUGGAUUACUGGAGAGGAGCUGGGAACAGGACUUGGGGUGUUCUUGGACACUUGGAAAGGGAUUUUGACACUCAGCUCAGCUUACAACGACGCUUGGCAUGCUAAGGAAGAGGUGUUGGAUGUGUUGAACUGGUGCAAUGAUGUUGUGGUUCGAGGACUAGGGAUCUGA